AUGUCUCAUUCCCAUCCCGACUUUGACAUUGCCGCGGAGCUUGGCCUGUCGGAUAGGGAGAAGCAGGAGACCCCUGAUGGUGGCAUAGACCAUUCCCCCUCAUCUCAGUCCAGAGCCUGCCAAGGAGAAGGAAGACAAAAGGAAGAGACGGAUGGUGCCGACGGGGUGGCUGAUGGUAAGGUAGAACUGAAGGAGUACGAUUGUUAUGAUAAGCUGGGGUAUUCCUAUCCUUGGUGGAAGAAAUGGGGCAUCUUGACCGUGAUCGUCAUGGUUCAAAUAUCAAUGAACUUCAAUGCCAGUUUCUACGCUAGUGGAAUCAGCCUUAUUGCUAAACACUUUAGGAUCUCAAAGCAAGCUGCGAGAGUGGGCCAAAUGGACUUUCUCAUUGCCUACGGGUUUGGUAGCGAAUUCUGGGCCCCAUUCAGUGAAGAGUAUGGACGAUGGCCUAUCAUGCAGCUCAGUCUGCUACUGGUCAAUAUAUGGCAGCUGCCCUGUGCGCUGGCUCCCAACUUUGGAUCUAUCGUGGUUGCUCGUAUCCUAGGAGGUCUAUCCUCCGCCGGUGGCUCUGUGACGCUGGGAAUGGUGGCCGAUAUGUGGGAGGCCGAAGAACAGCAGUACGCUGUGGCGUAUAUUGUCUUUGCGUCUGUUGCGGGAUCGGUUGUUGCUCCCAUUGUGGGAGGCUUUGUGGCGACCUUCCUCAGCUGGCGUUGGAACUUCUGGCUUCAGUUAAUUCUGGGAGGCUUCGUUCAAGUCGUGCACUUCUGGGUGCCCGAGACUCGAUGCUCGAUCCUGGUAACUCGUGAAGCCAAGAAGCGUCGGAAACGGGGAGAGAUGGUUUAUAGCGGGGAUGAGCUCAAGGGCAAACGGCUUAAUCUGAAGCACUUCGCGAAGAUCUGGGCGCGCCCCUUUAUCAUGUUCAUCCGUGAGCCGAUUGUCCUGUGGCUCUCUCUCCUCAGUGGUUUCAGUGACGCGUUGAUCUUCACUUUUCUGCAGUCCUACGAGCCAGUCUAUAAGCAGUGGGGCUUCAGCACCAUUACAAUCGGUCUAGCCUUCAUUCCGAUCAUGGUUGGAUAUCUUCUGGCGUACUUCUCCUUCCUACCCUGGAUCCAUCGCCACUGCCGAGUCAGGGAACGAGAUCCAGAUGCUCUCCAGCCUGAAGCCCGCUUAUACUGGCUGCUAUGGGUCGCUCCGCUCCUGAGCAUUGGUCUCUUUGGUUUCGCCUGGACCAGCUUGGGCCCGCCCCAUGUCCACUGGAUAGCGCCGAUGAUCUUCUCAUCGUGUAUCGCAAUAGCCAAUUAUUCCAUUUACAUGGCGACAAUCGACUACAUGAUCGCCUCUUACGGUCCGUACUCUGCUUCGGCAACCGGGGGCAAUGCUCUGGCCCGAGACUUCCUGGCCGGUAUUGCAGCUAUGUACUCGGUCCCAAUGUAUAAACACAUGGGCCACACCAACACCCUUGAAUGGCCAUCCACGCUUCUCGGCUUCCUCUCCAUCAUCUUCAUCGCCCCCAUUUAUAUCUUCUACUGGAAUGGGCCUAAGAUCCGGGAACGGUCCAAGUUUGCUCAGAUCCUCGCGGCGGACCGAAAGAAGGCUGGCCGCCGCGUCUCGCAGUGCGGAUCUGGCAGCUCGGGCCCAGAGGAGUUUUACUUCGAUCCCUAG